UCGCUGCAGCUGUCGCCCUCCGCCAAAGAGGAAAUCUCCCCACACAUCUCAGCAGCCACAAAGAGUAAGGCCCAGCGGCAACCCGAAUCGACAUCACCGUAACCUCUUUUGAUUCUUGCUCAGCAACCAUGACUGAGAUUCAGGAACACGAUCCCAACGCGUCGCCCUCUGGUGUUGACGACUCCAUCGUGAGCAAUGGCAACGGCCUCGACGCCAACCGUGGAACAAAGCGACCUCGUCCUGCCCAGGAUGACGAUGACGACGAUGAUGACAAGCCUGGUCGCGAGAGAAGAAAGAUUGAGAUCAAGUUUAUACAGGAUAAAUCGCGUCGACACAUCACCUUCUCCAAACGGAAGGCUGGUAUUAUGAAAAAGGCAUACGAACUUUCUGUCCUUACCGGCACCCAAGUCCUCCUUCUCGUCGUCUCUGAAACGGGUCUCGUCUAUACCUUCACAACCCCAAAACUUCAGCCUCUAGUCACGAAGCCAGAGGGCAAGAACCUUAUUCAAGCCUGCCUGAACGCCCCCGAACCUGCCAGCGCCGACUCGAACGGCGUCGACGGUGACCAAGGCGUCGACUCCCCUGAAGACAAUACACAUGCUCAGAUGCCACAGGGUCAGCCGCGCGGUAUGCCUCAGCAACAAGGCAUGCCCGCUGCUUAUAUGACACCGGAGCAGCAUCUGCAAUAUCAGACUUAUCUCCAGCAGCAACAAGCUAGCGGUCAUGGUUAUAUGCCGCAACAGGGUAGGAUGCCCACACACCCACAGCACUCAUAUCCACCUGAUCAGAAGCUGAGCUGAGUUUGAGGUUAAUAAUGCGAUCCUGUCAAUCAUACCACCCAGGCGGUACCGAUUGGUGGUGUUCUUGUCGCCGCCGCUGAUCCUCACGUUACGAUAUUGCGACUGCAAAUUGAAAAGAAUUGGGCAUCAGAUACGAAAAUGCCUGACUUAAACCUAUGAU